AGCGAUGUUUACUUUUGAAAUCUACUUACUGUCAGAACGCGCAUUUCUCUUCGGAGCUGAAACGGCGCCUUGUCAACGAAAAUGGACUCAGGCAAUUUCUAAGCACUUUGUACCUGAAUUCGCCCGAGGUCUUCAGGAAAGAGAGACGGAUGUCAUCGGCCAGUUGUUCUACAAGGAUUGCCAGGACUUGGAUACUUGGAAAAAAGGCUGGUUUGCUUUAGAGAAGACCAGCUUGUAUUUUUGCCUGGAACUGGAAAAUUUGCAAGAGAAUUCAAUGUAUCUAAGGCGGCUCCAGGAGUUAACGAUCAGCAGCUGCGUCCAGAAUGGAGAAAAAACAGAUGUUCUGCUCCUGGUUGAGAAAGGAAGAACAUUAUACAUCCGUGGCCACACCAAGUUGGAUUUCACCGUCUGGUAUAGUGCCAUUGAAAAAGCAGCCGGUACCAAUGGCAACCUGUUAGAAGAUCAGCAGCUCAGCAGAAAUGACGUGCCGAUUAUAAUCAACAGCUGUAUCGCAUUUGUUACGCAAUAUGAUACACUGGAUGACAAAGACAGGGUGAGGAAAUACAGCACCUUCAUUCGCACACUUCCACCCGUCAACAAAGCAACUCUGGCAGCAUUAAUGGAACACCUCUACAGAUCAUUUAUGCAGAUUUUAAAGAGUACUGAUAUUAUCUUGAGGUACCCCACGGCAAACUUACCUCCAUGUAGAUGUAGUUCCACUGAGGACUACAUGAUAAGUGUGGUUGUCAGUCAGUUGCAACUGGCUAACAACUAG